CCCCCCGCGUCCACCACCACCUCCAUUCCCACCGAUCCCGCCAGCCCCACGCGCCCGGCGCCAGAUCCGGCCCACGCGCCUCCCCCUCCCGCCGCCGUCGAAGCGGGGGAGCUGCGCUGAGGGGGCCCCCGGUCGCUUCGCUCUCUUCGGAGGGGAGCGGAGGGGACGGGAGGAGCGCGAUGGCGCGGCGGGUGCGGCCGUCGCACCUGGUGCUGGCGCUGGGGGCCGCGUACCUCCUCCUCGUCUCCCUCAAGUUCCGCCGCGUGCUCGACCUGGCCGCCGCCGACCUCGCGGGCGACCCCGCCGCCGCCUUCUCCUCGCCCUCCUCCUCCGACCACCUGCCCCCGGGCGGCUCCCGCAACGCCACCGCCACCUCCACCUCCACCCCCGCCUUCCCUGUCCAGCCCUUCUGGCACCGCUACGACCACGUCGCGCUCCCGGACCCCGCCGCGGCGCGCGCGUCCCGCGGCGGCCGCACCGCGCUCGACCGCAUGGCCGACGACGCCUGGGCGCUCGGCCUCGCCGCCUGGGAGGAGGCCGCCGCCUUCGCGGGGGACCCCUGGGCGCUGCUCGCCUCCGCCACUGCCCGCGCCUCCGACGCCUCCAGGUGCCCCUCCGCCGUCUCCCAGCGCGCGCGCGGCCGGGUCGUCUUCCUGCCCUGCGGCCUCGCCGCGGGCUCCUCCGUCACCGUCGUCGGCACCCCGCGCGCCGCGCACAGGGAGUUCGUGCCGCAGCUCGCGCGGAUGCGCCAGGGGGACGGCACCGUCAUGGUCUCGCAGUUCAUGGUCGAGCUCCAGGGCCUGCGCGCCGUCGACGGGGAGGAGCCGCCCAGGAUACUGCACCUCAACCCCAGGCUCAGGGGGGACUGGAGCCAGCACCCCAUCCUCGAGCACAACACCUGCUACAGGAUGCAGUGGGGCGCCGCGCAGCGCUGUGACGGGACGCCAACCGACGACAAUGACGACAAGGUUGAUGGGUUCCCCAAAUGUGAGAAAUGGAUACGUAAUGAUAUUGUUGACACCAAGGAGUCCAAGACAACUUCAUGGUUGAAGAGAUUCAUAGGGCGUGCAAAGAAACCUGCCAUGACAUGGCCUUUCCCCUUUGUAGAGGAGAGGCUGUUUGUUUUAACUGUACAGGCUGGAGUUGAAGGUUUCCACAUUUACGUUGGUGGUCGACAUGUGACAUCUUUUCCAUAUCGACCAGGUUUCACUCUUGAAGAAGCAACAGGAUUAUUUGUUAAGGGCGAUGUGGAUGUACAUUCAGUUUAUGCCACUGCUCUUCCUAUGUCCCAUCCUAGUUUUUCUCUUCAACAAGUCCUUGAUAUGUCAGAAAAGUGGAGGUCCCGGCCACUCCCAAAACGUCCUAUUUCCCUUUUCAUUGGAAUAUUGUCUGCGUCGAAUCAUUUUGCUGAGCGCAUGGCUGUGAGAAAAACAUGGAUGCAGACUCCAGAAAUUAAGUCUUCGGAAGCAGUAGCUCGAUUCUUUGUUGCACUGAAUUCAAGGAAAGAGGUCAAUGUAAUGCUGAAGAAAGAAGCAGAAUACUUUGGAGACAUUGUAAUUUUGCCAUUUAUAGAUCGUUAUGAGCUGGUGGUUCUUAAGACAAUUGCUAUUUGUGAGUAUGGGGUCCAGAACUUGACUGCUGCAAACAUAAUGAAAUGCGAUGAUGAUACAUUUGUUAGGGUAGAUGUGGUUCUGAGACACAUCAAGCUGAACAACGGUGGCAAACCGUUGUAUGUGGGGAACCUGAACCUCUUGCACAGACCAUUGAGAACUGGAAAAUGGGCAGUUACAGAUGAGGAAUGGCCUGAAGAUAUCUACCCGCCUUAUGCAAACGGACCGGGCUAUGUAAUUUCUGGUGACAUAGCAAAAUUCAUCGUAUCUCAGCAUGCCAACCAGAGUUUAAGACUAUUUAAGAUGGAAGAUGUAAGUAUGGGUCUAUGGGUUGAAAAAUUCAAUUCCACGACACCUGUUCAGUAUUCCCACAGCUGGAGGUUCUGCCAGUACGGUUGCCUGGAGAACUACUACACGGCCCACUAUCAGUCGCCUAGGCAGAUGCUGUGCUUGUGGGAUAAGUUGAUCCGCGGUCGGGCAUCCUGCUGUAACUACAGAUAGCGCGGCGAAAGAUUGGCAUACCACAUACCCCACUAUCCCAGCCAGGUUUAGUUUGGUUGGCUGGUGUUUUCAUUUUCUGACACGGAUCGAUAGCGUAGGUGUUGUUGCCCGUCCAUUGCUGGCUCAAUUUGAGCCAAGAGCAUGGAUGCAGAGGUCGGAGCUUGAAGAUUAGGAAGCUCCAGCCGCUUUGCUUCAGUGCAUUCGCCUGAUCUGCAUUGGUCAUCUUGUGGCGUUGCCUUUGGCGUUCUUGUUCUUGUAAUUCAUCCCAAUUUUGAUGUGGUAGGUCAGAUUAGCAUACUCAGAUCAGAUGUAUGUCUGUAUUCUUGUAACUAGAUGAAACGAAGGUCACCUGCUGGUGCUAAAAUCACCAUCA